UAAAACAAUGUCAUUGGGAUAGAAAUAAAUAAAACACUUAAAUAAAGGGAAUAGUAUUUUUUGAUAUAUUAUCAUAGCAAGUCGUGGUAUACAGUAAUGGAAUCCCAUUCGGCGGGCACCCUACAGUCGCCGUCCACUUUCUCGGAGAGUUCCAAGACCGGGAGCAGCAAGUCAGCCGAGAGCGCAACCAAGGAUAAAGAACAAGACUUCACUAAGGAUAAUGCUGCGUCUCCAAUCGACUUGGAAUGUAAGAUCCAAGCUGAAAGAAUCACUAAGAUUCUAGACGAGACCAUCAAAAAGACUAAGCUAGCUAUCUGCUUACCCGGUUUGGUGAAAGAGUACCGCACCCUAAACUCAAUUCUCUCCAAUCAGCAUAUGGAUGACCUCCUGUUGAUCUUCGAUCAGUACGACAGCCCGUUGUUUUCAACUAGUCUGUUAAAUAUGGGCGCUUUUGAAGAUCUCAAAGCUGGUGAUGUAUCGUUAAAGAAUCGGUUGAACCCGGAGCUCGGACUUUUACUCUACAUUAUGAACAGUUAUCCAGCACUAAAGCCGGUGGUGGAUGAAAUGGUUCAUGAGAUGAAAGCAGAUGCAACAAAAGAAGUAAGGAUAACUAUUGCUAAACCAGAAACACCAGGCUUGAAGUAUCUUUUGGCUCUUGAGAAUUUCCGCGAGCUGAUGGUAAAGCAAAUGGAGACGACCGCGGCCGAGGAGUUGUCAAUGAAGUUAAAGACUAGGAAGUUGGAAGCAUCGAAUGUCAAACUUACUAAGAAAAUUGACGAAUACACAAAGACAUUAAAAGAAGAAUCGGAGAACUUCGAGGAGACGAUGAAGCAUAAGGCCGAGGUGAUCGCCAGCCUUGAGGCCGAGCUUGCUACACAGAACCGAGAGACAGCUGCCAAACUCCAGAAGAAGGUUCUCGAUUCCGAACGACAGAUGGUAUUAGCUACACGGGCACACUUAAUCAAGAAUGAAAUGCUUAAAGAAGAAGAAGCGGAGAGUAAAGAGGUGUACGAAAAUUUGCUGAAAGUGCAUCUUCUAGAAGAAAAGAAUUUAAGGGCGAGAAGACUUAAAGUUGAGACACAAUUGCUAUCAUGGCUUCAAAAGUACGACGUAGAGAUGGCCGACAAGCAGGUGGAGCUCGAUGACUUCACAGAGAAGUAUGACGAAGAAAUGAGGAAGUGUAAGGAACUGGAGGAUAAAAUAGCAGAGCAGGACAAGGAAUACAUACCGCUGAUGGCAGAAAGAGAGGCAGAGUACCACGAGGAGAUGACCCAGAAGAUGCAGAAGUUCCUGGAGGAACAUGCAGCAAGGGUCAUACAGUACGCGUGGAGAGAGGUGCUGGCGAAUCGCGCAGAGAAGAAGAAGCUGAAGAAACUUCUAAAGAAGAUGCAGGCUGCGGAGGAGAAGAAAGGCGGGAAAAAGUAAAUUGUGAAAUUCAAAUAUUCUUGUUUUAUUAUUUAUUGAAUACAAUAUUAAUUUUUCUUUUUAUAAACUUCGUUUAAUUUAUCCUGAAAAUAUAUUAAUAGGUAUAAAGACAAUAGAAAAACAAUUUCGAUAUAAAUAUUAAAGCAUCUAAAACUUUUUAAACUUCUUUAAAAAUAUUUGUUUUAUUGAUAUUUAUAUAAUUACAAGCAGUAUUAUAGUUAAAAAAAUUAACAUGACCUUAAAAUAUUAGAUUCUCGAUUUUUCCCAAUUUCCUACACUCUCUCUCUUGUCCCGUGGUUGUUUGUCUUUGCAGUAUUUAUUUUACUU